UGGCCAUCCCAUCCAUAAACGUUUUAAAUAACACAAAAAUAUCCGAUUUUUUUUAUAGAUUCUCAAUAACAAAAAUCACCGGCAGAGAGAAAGAAAAAAGAGUGGAUGAAAUAAAAUCUAAAGAGGCGUGUCAAGAGUAAACAAGUCUGAACAAUUCUCCGUAGAAAGUGGUGGGUCUCUCCAGCCGUUACGAUUCGACAUCUAAUUAACCCACGUGCCUAAAUUACUCUCUCAUAUCUCUCUAUCUUUACCUCCUUUAUACCCACAUGCCCAAAUAUCCUCUCUCUUCACUCAGCAUCCUUUUAUAACCAAAACAAACUUUAUCUCCCUCUCUCUCUCUCACAGACAAGAACACAAAGUUAUGGACAAUCUCCGGAAACUUAAUCUUCUCUCUGUCUCUCUAACCAUAAUCUUUGUCUCUCUUACCAUAGCCACCAACUUACCUUUCUUUGAAGUGAAAUAUCCCAACAACAACCCUUUUGGGAUGUUACUACGGCCGACACCGAUCAAGAACCAAUCCUUGGGUCUACCGGCUCAUGUCGGGUCAGAUGAGUGUCGGGUUUGGACCAAAGCAUGUUCUGAUGAGAUUCUUAGGCUGACUUAUCAGCCGGAUAACGUUGCGUGGCUUAAACGCGUUAGGAGGACGAUCCAUGAGAACCCGGAGCUAGCGUUUGAGGAGUAUGAGACUAGUAGGCUUAUUAGGUCGGAGCUGGACCGUAUGGGUAUCAUGUAUAGAUAUCCGUUAGCGAAAACGGGUAUUCGGGCUUGGAUCGGAUCCGGUGGACCGCCUUUUGUUGCGGUUCGGGCUGAUAUGGACGCACUACCUAUUCAGGAAGCAGUUGAAUGGGAACAUAUAAGCAAAGUUGCAGGCAAAAUGCAUGCAUGUGGUCAUGACGCACAUGUGACUAUGCUUCUUGGUGCUGCCCAUAUUCUUAAGGCUCGUGAACAUCUUCUCAAGGGAACAGUGGUUCUGUUAUUCCAACCGGCUGAAGAAGCUGGAAAUGGUGCAAAGAAUAUGAUCGAAGACGGAGCUUUGGAUGACGUGGAGGCUAUCUUCGCGGUCCAUGUGUCCCAUAUCCAUCCAACGGGUGUGAUUGGAUCAAGAAGUGGUCCUUUGCUCGCGGGAUGUGGAAUUUUCCGGGCGGUUAUCACUUCGGAAGAUAGCCGUGGCGCCGCUAAUCUCCUUCUUGCAGCUUCUUCCGCGGUCAUUAGUCUUCAAGGCAUUGUAUCCCGUGAAGCUAGUCCUCUUGACUCUCAGGUUGUGUCGGUUACUUCAUUUGAUGGCGGUCAUAGUCUCGAUGUGGCGCCGGACACGGUGGUCCUCGGUGGUACUUUCAGAGCUUUUUCUAACUCAAGCUUCUACUACCUCAAGAAACGUAUUCAAGAGGUACUCAUGGAUCAGGUCGGGGUUUUCGGUUGCCAAGCGACAGUGAACUUCUUUGAGAAGCAGAAUGCGAUAUACCCGCCAACUACGAACAAUGAUGCAACAUACAAUCACUUGAAGAAAGUCACCAUAGAUUUGCUCGGAGAUAGCCAUUUCACCUUGGCUCCACAGAUGAUGGGAGCCGAAGAUUUCGCCUUCUACUCAGAAAUCAUCCCAGCCGCUUUCUACUUCAUUGGCAUAAGAAAUGAAGAACUCGGAUCAGUCCACAUUGCUCAUUCACCACAUUUCAUGAUCGAUGAAGAUAGUUUACCCGUUGGAGCCGCGGUUCAUGCCGCCGUGGCUGAGAGAUACUUAAAUGAUAAACAUUCAUAAGAGUAAAAACAAUCUCCCCGGCUUUUUUUUGGGUGGUUAUAUUUCUAGGCGUUACGGAAAUUAUAUUGUUCUUAAUCUAUCUUUGCUUGGAAAUGUUUGUGAAGAGUAGUUUUUUUUUUUAAACGUGUAAACCGCAUAUUGCAUAUGGUGUAUGGAUUUUAGCUAAAGAGGUUAGAGUAAAAGAUAGCUAGCGGUACAAAAUCUUAGACAACUAUUUUCUUGAUAUCAUGAAAUAUUUGGACGUUUGAGUAUUUGCUACGAAAUUGUAUUACCAUGUGAUUAUUAAGGUUUAUAUUGACAACAGAGGUUUCAUAUGUGAUUAUUAGCUUGUAAGUGAAACAAAGAAAAGUAACGUCAAUUGAAGAUAACUGCAAGGUUGACAAUUUCCAAAGUCCAAGAAGAAAAUUACGGAAUCCGAAAGCAUACAAACGAGGAAGAUUUUCAAGAUUUUAGGUCAUAAUUUUCUUGGUUCGUGUGGGAUAUUAAUUUUUGGGUACUUUCUAAGGAUUGAUAAACUAUAAUAUCUCUUUUUAGCAUCU